AUGUGCUACAAAUCGCUUUUGCGAGGUGUGAGAGCCGCUAAAGUUAUUGGCUACCAAAAGAGGUGUUUUUCUGUUCAUGGGAUUUCAUUGAAUGGUCUAAACGUAGACAAGCGAAACUUGGCGAGUGCGGAGCGCAAACAACGGACCUUCACAGACAGAUCUCAGCUGAAGUAUGCAAGGAGGUUGGUUGUCAAACUUGGCAGUGCUGUUAUCACCAGGGAGGAUGGCAAUGGACUGGCUUUAGGAAGACUUGCUUCUAUUGUUGAACAGGUAGCAGAAUGCCACCACGAAGGUCGAGAAUGCAUCAUGGUGACCAGUGGAGCUGUGGCGUUUGGUCGACAGAAGUUGACACAAGAACUACUCAUGUCUCUUUCUAUGAGAGAGACGUUGUCACCGAGUGAUCAUACGCGAGAGGAUGCUGGCAGUAUUCUGGACCCUCGUGCGGCUGCAGCGGUUGGUCAAUCGGAGCUGAUGUCCAUGUAUGACGCCAUGUUCUCGCAGUACAACGUGAAGAUUGCCCAGGUCCUUGUAACAAAACCAGAUUUCUAUAACGAGGAGACGAGAAAGAACUUAUUUUGUACAUUAUCAGAAUUGAUAUCAUUGAACAUAGUACCCAUUGUUAACACUAACGAUGCUGUGAGCCCACCCAUGUACAUCCACGAUGACACCGUCGUACCAGGAACUGGGAAGAAGGGUAUAGGCAUAAAGGACAAUGACAGUCUUUCUGCGCUAUUGGCUGCUGAGAUCCAAUCAGACCUGCUCAUCAUGAUGUCAGAUGUCGAUGGCAUCUACAACAAACCUCCUUGGGAAGAUGGUGCCAGAAUGAUGCACACUUACACAUCAAAGGAGAGAGAUCAAGUGCAAUUUGGACAAAAGUCAAAGGUUGGUACCGGAGGUAUGGAUUCCAAAGUAAAUGCUGCAACUUGGGCUAUGGCCCGGGGCGUCAGUGUUGUUAUUUGUAACGGCAUGCAAGAAAAAGCUAUCAAGACUAUCAUUAAUGGAAGAAAAGUUGGAACAUUCUUCACGGACAGUGUCACAACAUCAGCUGCAGCAUCAUCUGUUGAUGUUUUGGCCGAAAAUGCGAGGUCUGGAAGCAGAGUUCUUCAAAGAUUAUCUCCUUCAGAAAGAGCAUCAGCCAUUCACUCAUUAGCAGAUUUACUAGUAAGCAAACAAGAAGAAAUUUUAGAAGCUAACGCAAAAGAUUUGGAAGAAGGUACAAAGAGCGGACUAGCUAAACCAUUACUAAGCAGAUUGUCUUUAAGCCCUAGCAAAUUGAAAACUUUGUCAGUGGGUCUCAAACAGAUCGCUGAUUCGAGUUACGAAAAUGUGGGCAAAGUGUUAAGAAAAACAAAACUAGCUGAGAAUUUAGUCCUACAGCAAGUUACAGUACCCAUUGGAGUUCUUCUAGUCAUAUUUGAAUCUCGACCUGAUUCAUUGCCUCAGGUAGCUGCUUUGGCCAUGGCAUCAGCUAAUGGUCUUCUUUUGAAGGGUGGAAAGGAAGCCGCUCAUUCUAAUAAAGCUCUCAUGGGAUUAGUAAAAGAAUCUCUGAAAGGUGUUGGUGCUGAUGACGCCAUCUCUCUUGUGUCCACUAGGGAAGAAAUUAGCGAUCUGCUUUCCAUGGAAAAGCAUAUAGACUUAAUUAUUCCUAGAGGCUCAUCAGACUUAGUAAGAAAUAUUCAGAAGCAGUCACAGCAUAUUCCUGUGCUUGGUCACGCUGAGGGCAUUUGCCAUGUGUACUUAGACAAAGAUGCUGACCCAGCCAAAGCACUGAAGAUCGUUCGUGAUGCUAAGUGUGAUUACCCAGCUGCCUGCAAUGCUAUGGAAACUUUGUUGAUUCACGAAGAUCAUCUAUCUAAUGACCUGUUCAAUGAUAUUUGCAAUAUGUUGAAGAAGGAAGGUGUUAAGAUACAUGCUGGCCCUAAACUUGCCAGUCAGUUGACAUUUGGUCCACCACCUGCAAGGAGCAUGAAGUUUGAAUAUGGAGCUCUGGAGUGCUGCAUUGAGGUUGUCAAGGAUAUGGAUGAUGCUAUUGAUCAUAUACACAAAUUCGGAAGCUCACAUACAGAUGUGAUUGUAACAGAAAAUGAUUCGUCUGCGAAACACUUCUUGCGCUCGGUGGACAGCGCGUGUGUGUUCCACAAUGUGUCGUCUCGUUUUGCCGACGGCUUCCGUUUUGGCCUCGGCGCUGAAGUUGGUAUCUCUACUGCCAGGAUACACGCUAGAGGUCCUGUGGGAGUAGAAGGUUUGUUGACUACCAAAUGGAUCCUGGAAGGUACUGACCACACUGCAGCAGAGUUCAAUGAAGGCAAGAGGAACUGGCUUCAUGAGACCCUCCCUGUAAAUUGA